UUCCCAGAUCUCACGAUCGACGGCGGCGCUGAUUAUCUCCUCCAGCGCCGGCGGCAGAUCUCGCCGCCUCGCCUCCUUCACCCCCGCCCCCGCCCCACGCCCAAGCCUGACACCAUGGAGGAGGCCCGGUACUUGCCUCUCUACCGCUUCUCCUCCAAAUUGGCGAUGUCCCCACUCCACGCGAGCGAUGGAGGCGACGACGAGACGACGCCCGGUCUCAUAUCGCCGGUGACGGAGCCACUGGGCAACGACCACCUCCUCGCCGAGAUCCUCGCCCGUCUCCCUCCGCAGCCCUCCUCGAUCCUGCGCGCCUCCGUCGUCUCCAAGACCUGGGGUCACCUCGCUGCAUCCGCCGCCUUCCGCAGCUGCUUGCGCGAUCACCACCGCAGGCCACCUGUGCUGGGGGCCUUCGAGAGGGAUGGGAAGAAGCUCCUCUUCAUCCCUACCCUCGACGCUCCAGAUCGCGUACCUGCCGAGAGGUUCUCCCUGCAGGUCUGCGCCGACGACGCCACAAAUGACCACUGGGGCGUGCUCGGCUGCCGCCAUGGCCGCGUCCUUGUCAUCAACCGGACACGGUGUGAGCUCGUGGUGUUCGACCCCGUCUCUGGCGACCGCUGCGUUGUGCCGUUCCCCCCGGAUUUCGACGAGCACGCGUACAACGCCAAUGGAGCUUUGAUCGGCGACGAGCACCUCCGGUCCAGCGCAUUUCAGCUGGCCUUGGUAGGCUUUUCUGCCAAUGGCCGCCCAGGAGUUGCCGCGGCCCGUGUAUACUCCUCGGAGACCGGCGAGUGGGGACAACUCAUUGCUGCAGCACGGCCAUGUGCUGUUGGCCAUCUUCCCGCCACACUCAUUGGCAAAAGGCUCUACUGGUGGCUCACUGAGCGUGACCAUGGUAUACUGGAGCUCAAUUUGGAAAGCAAGAGCCUAGCUGUGAUCGGCAAGCCUUCCAUUGAGAACAUCCACAGCUGCCGGAGCCGGAUCAUCAGUGGAGAGGAUGGUGGUGUUGGACUCGUCGUAUUCUCAUACCCUAGCUUGCAAAUGUGGGACCGUAAGGUCAGUGAUCGGGGUGUCGCGGCAUGGGUGCUGCGGAAGACAGAUGACAUGCGUGGCAUGCUUGCUCUGCCAUCUAGCAUGGAGGCAGGGAAAUCGACUAUUCUGGGGUACACCGAGGAUGCGGAUGCGAUCAUUAUAUCGGUGCACACAUUCCCCUGGGUGCAGUAUGGCGACGUCUAUGUCUUCCUGGUUCGACUCGACUCAAUGCAAUGCAACAAACUCAAAGGAAGCUUUAUGGAAAAUUUGUAUCACCCAUACGCAAAUUUCUACGCCGGCCCGACGGCGCUCAAACUUCUUGGUCGUCUAGACAGUGAUGGGGGUGCUGAUGUACGGUCAGCAUAAUGGCCAGUGCAUGACGGUACCAGUCAAGCUACUAGGUUUGAAUCUUCCCAAUUACUUUAUAUAUGCAACGCUGAGACAGGCGGCUCUUCCCCCCUCGGUCACAUUUGUUGUAAUAGUUAUCAUCAUGUCUCAUGUUCGUCUUGUUGUUGUCUUUUGGACUUUCUGGUAAACUGGCCGUGUGUGUACUUUCUGUUGAUGGUAUGUGUUUGAACUUUGAACUCUGGUUGGAGGCCCCCUGUUUGUAACAUUUGUUGUAUACUUGUUCCAUUAUCUUAUGACAGUGGAACUGGAGCGAAUGUUUAACAUUUGUUUUGUUAUUGUCUUUUGGAGCCUUGU